AUGGCGGUUUGUCGACGUGUUCAGCUGCCCCUGCUGGUAAUGUCUUUGUCUUUAUACGCAUAUAGCAUUCAAGGACUUAAAUCACAGAGCAAUGGAAAUUUUCCUCCACCGGCUUUUGGUAUUAACCAUCCUUUAAGAGUUGGAGCGCCAAACCCUGGAAAUAACGGUGGUGCUCCAGCGGCCUCGCAGCCCAGGAGGGCGACCGGUUGGAAGCUGUCCGAAGAGGAGGCCUGCCGGGAGGACCUGACCCGGCUUUGUCCGAAACACACCUGGAACAACAAUUUGGCUGUGCUGGAAUGCCUACAAGACAGAAAGGAGGAAACAAAAAUAUCUGCUGACUGCAACCAUCUGCUGUGGAACUACAAACUGAACCUAACGACAGAUCCCAAGUUUGAGUCGGUGGCAGAGGAAGUCUGUCGAAAUACCAUCUCAGGGAUCAAAGAAUGUGCAGAUGAGGAGAGAGGCAAAGGUUAUCUGGUGUCCUGCUUAGUGGAUCACCGUGGCAACAUCACGGAGAACCAGUGCUACCAGUACAUCACUAAGAUGACAAGCAUUAUCUUCAGUGACUACCGCCUCAUCUGUGGCUUUAUGGACAAGUGCAGAGAGGACAUCAACCUGCAGCACUGUGGGAGUAUCACCACGAGAGAGAAAGAUUUACACUCUCAGGGUGAGGUGAUUGCUUGUCUGGAGAGGGCAUUAGUGAGGGAGGCGGAGCAACAGGACAAGACUCAUCCAAUCAGAGACGACUGCAAGAAGUCCAUUAUGCGAGUGGCUGAGUUGUCUGCUGACGACUUCCACUUAGAUCGCUACCUCUACUUUUCCUGUCGAGACGAUCGUGAACGCUUCUGUGAAAAUACCCAGGUUGGAGAGGGAAGGGUCUACAAGUGUCUGUUUAACCACAAGUUUGAGGAGGCUAUGUCUGAAAAGUGCAGAGACGCCCUAACUACCAGGCAGAAGUUGAUUGCUCAGGACUAUAAGGUCAGUUACUCUCUGGCCAAAGCCUGUAAGACAGACCUGAGGAAAUACCGCUGUAAUUUGGACACCAACAUGCCUCGCGCCAGAGAGGCCAGACUCUCAUAUCUACUGCUCUGCCUGGAAUCUGCAGUGCACAGAGGGCGUACAGUCAGCGGUGACUGUCAGGGGGAGAUGUUAGACUACAGGCGGAUGCUGAUGGAGGAUUUCUCUCUGAGUCCUGAGAUUGUGCUGCACUGCCGGGGCGAGAUUGAGGCUCACUGCUCCGGCCUGCACCGUAAAGGACGCACCCUCCACUGCCUCAUGAGAGUGGGCCGUGGAGACAAAGGCACAGUGGAUAGCCUCUGUCAGAGCGCACUUCAGACACUCAUCCAGUCUGCAGACCCUGGGGCUGAUUAUCGGAUUGACCGAGCUUUGAAUGAGGCCUGUGAGUCUGUCAUCCAGACUGCCUGCAAACACAUUCGAAAUGGAGACCCCAUGAUCCUCUCCUGUCUGAUGGAGCACCUGUACACUGAGAAGAUGGUGGAGGACUGUGAGCACAGACUGCUGGAGUUACAGUACUUCAUCUCCAGAGACUGGAAACUGGAUCCCGUCCUGUACCGUAAGUGCCAAAACGACGCGUCGAGGCUGUGCCACACACACGGCUGGAACGAGACCAGUGAGAUGAUGCCACCAGGUGCCGUGUUCUCCUGCCUCUAUCGCCAUGCCUACCGCACAGAGGAGCAGGGCAGAAGGGUGAGUUUCCUCUCUUAUACAGGCCUCCGGCUUACUCGGGACUGUAAGGUAGAGGUUCAGAGGAUCCUUCACCAGAGAGCACUGGAUGUGAAGCUGGACCCUGAGCUGCAGAAACGCUGUAUGACUGACCUGGGCAAGUGGUGCACUGAGAAGACCGAGACUGGGCAGGGGCUUGAGUGUCUCCAAGACCAUCUGGAUGAUUUGGUGUCUGACUGCAGAGAUGUGGUUGGCAACCUGACUGAACUGGAAUCUGAGGACAUACAAAUUGAGGCCUUGCUGAUCCGAGCUUGUGACCCAGUCAUCCAGUCACAUUGCCAUGAUGUGGCUGAUAAUCAGAUAGACACAGGGGACCUGAUGGAGUGCUUGGUGCAAAAUAAGCACCAGAAGGAGAUGAACGAAAAGUGUUCUGUGGGCGUUACACACUUCCAGCUGAUUCAAAUGAAAGACUUCAGAUUCUCUUACAAGUUCAAGAUGGCUUGCAAGGAGGAUGUCCUCAAGCUGUGUCCCAACAUUAAGAAGAAGGUGGAUGUGGUGAUCUGUUUAAGCACCACAGUGAGGAAUGACACUCUACAGGAUGUGAAGGAGCAGCGGGUGUCUCUGAAGUGUCGUAAGCAGUUGAGGGUAGAGGAGCUGGAGAUGUCCGAGGACAUUCGUCUGGAGCCUGAUGUGUUUGAGGCGUGUAGAAAGGACAUCAACAAGCAUUGUUCCACAGUUACAUUUGGCAACGCCCAGGUCAUCGAGUGUUUAAAGGAAAAGAAAAAGCAGCUCACCACAGUGUGUCACCAGAGAGUGUUUAAGCUGCAAGAGAAUGAGAUGAUGGAUCCUGAACUGGACUACCAGCUCAUGAGGGUCUGCAAACAGAUGAUCAAGCGUUUCUGCUCAGACUCUGAUGCCAAGAACUUUCUGCAGUGUCUGAAGCAGAACAAGAACAGUGAGCUGAUGGAUCCUAAAUGCAAACAGAUGAUUACAAAGAGACAGAUCACUCAGAACACAGACUACAGAUUGAACCCGGUGUUGCGGAAGUCCUGUAAGGCAGAUAUCCCAAAGUUUUGUCAGAACAUCCUCAAUAAAGCUAGCGACGACAGUGAACUAGAGGGCCAGGUCAUAUCUUGCCUCAAACUGAAAUACGCAGACCAGCGCCUGUCUCCAGACUGUGAGGACCAGAUAAGGGUAAUUCUACAGGAGUCUGCUUUGGACUAUAGACUGGACCCUCAGCUCCAGAUUCACUGCAGUGAGGAGAUUACACAGCUGUGUGCAGAGGAGGCUGCUGCUCAGGAGCAAACAGGCCAAGUGGAAGAGUGUCUAAAGGGCAACUUGCUGAAACUCAAACAGGAACCCUGCAAGAAGGAGGUGCUUAAUAUGCUGAAGGAAAGUAAAGCAGAUAUUUUUGUGGACCCAGUCUUGCACACAGCUUGCGCACUGGACCUGAAGCACCAUUGUGCGGCCAUCACGCCAGGGCGAGGCAGACAGAUGUCUUGCCUGAUGGAGGCUCUUCAGGACAAACGUGUGCGUCUCCAACCUGAAUGUAAGAAGAGACUGCAGGAUCGCAUCGAAAUGUGGAGCUAUGCAGCUAAGGUGGCCCCAGCUGAUGGUUUCUCAGAUCUGGCCAAGCAAGUGCUGACAUCACCCUCCAAAAACUACAUCCUGUUUAUGAUUGCACUCAGCGUAUGUGUUCUUUUCCUCAUCGGGAUACUGUGUGGCCGCAUUACCAAGCGGGUGACCAGAGACCUGAAGGACAGGUAGAAGUAGG